GAGGAUCAUCUCUCGUCCACUCAGUCUUAGUGAUCAUUCCGAAUAAGAUAGACGUAAAACGCGUCGUCGACGAUCGUUCAGUGAUGUUCAAAGCACGCUUGCUAAUCGCACUAUUGUUGUUCAAUUGCCUUCUUAUCAGUACGGUGCGAUGUGACGAGGACAAAUCAUCCUCGACGGAAGAAUCCGGGUCGGAAAAUGUGGAUAAGAACAACCAACAGGCCGGAGAACAGCUCAUCUCGGCCCAGUUAUUCGCCGUGAUCGAUUUAUACAAACAGGAAGAUCCGGUUGGUUUACCAGGGGCAACCGUCCCCGACCCCAUGCCGAUUCCAGAGAUCAAACAGUCCUUCUCGAUAGCCAAGAUGCACAUGAAGAAUGUGCUGGCGUACGGUUUGUCCAAAUUCCGCAUCAAAAUGUUCAAAACCGAACUGAACACGAUGAAGGUUCAAACCGGAGUCCAGAUCGAUGAGAUGCUCGUCAAGGGCAAUUACACGAUGAGUACGUUUUUCAAUCGAGCUGAAGGUCCUUUCACAGUGGUGUUAAAAAACGUUAUGACCAAAGGGAACGUUUCCUUAGCCGUUGAUCGUGACGGUAAAGUGCGCACCCAGGACAUAAGUCUUGACAUCGCUUUCGAUGACAUGUCGAUGGAUUUCCAGAAUUUGGGCUUCAUGGGUAGCAUUUUCCAGAGCGUUGUCAACUCGGCCUCCAAUUUGGUAUUCGACACAAUCAAACCGUUCAUGCUAAGCGAAGCUUACUCAAAAAUUCGCGCAGAAAUCGACACCCGCGUGGAGAACAUGACUACCGAGUACAGCAUUGUGUUCCCGAAUUCGAUAUCCCCUCUGGACAUGGCCAUCGGUGAGGCUCGCAUGCUUGUGCGCAAUAAGAAAUUCGAUCCCUACCUCAUCCCAGACUACAACACCACUGCCGGGAUAUUCGGAAUGCACACUUCGCACACCUGGAUCCGAGGUGUUUCCAGUUUCUACCGCUACGGAGACAUUGGAAUUCUAAUGCAGAACAAUACGGUCGCGUUGACGAUGCAGGUCGGUACGCAACGCAUCAUGGGUUCCACACAGUGGGAAGUGUCUGUCGGGCGAGGAAUGGUAUCUCGGGCUGGGCAGGCCCAGUUCACGGUGGAACACAUCAAGGUAUCGUUCGAGGUACAACAGCCACUGGACCUGCGCAAAAAACCCAAACUGAACGACAUUCAGCUGGAGCUUGGCAACAUUCAAGUGCGUUGUGAUGGGGCCGGAACGCUGGACUACGUGGUCGAAGCGGUGGUCAAUAUUUUGCCGAAUCUUUUGCGCUACCAGAUCAUGGACGCCAUCGAGAAUCCGCUGAAGACGCGAAUUCAGGAAAAGCUUGACUGCAUCAAUGUGGAGCAGAUGCUCAAAAAGCACGUGGUUGAAUAUGAGAAGCGUGGUUUUGACAUGGAGGUAGAUUUCAAACUUUGCUAAAUGCAGCGGAGUUUGUUUUGCUUUCAUUAUAUGUGUAAGGAAAUUUUUAGAAGUUUACCUAAUCAAUGAGAUGAUUUUGAUCAUUUAGUAAUGUGGGUUCGAUGACUUAGUAGUUUGUCAAAAUAAAACUAAGACAGGACUUUGCGCGCCAUGUGUUUCCUACAUUUCUGCCCAACAGCUCGUUGGUUGAAUUACAAGGAAAAAGCACUAACUGCAGCUUAUACUAAACUUUUGAAGUAUUAUUGUCAUAUUUGGUAUAAUAUGUCACUGCUUUAAUACCGUAACUAAUGGAAUUUAAAAAACGUACUGUUAGGCAAAGUUGUACAAAAAACAUCGCGCUAAAAGUCCACCACAACAGAUUUUGGUAUUCGAAUUAAUGAACAAAAUUAUUACUUGAAUCGAAUUUCAUUAAUUGCAAACGUUAAGAAAAAAAUGAUUUUAUUAGUAUUUAGUAAAAUUAAUUUAAUAAAUCAUGAGUUGAACAAAAA